UUCCAUUUUCUGGAAACCAGUUUCUGAAGUAGCGAGUCCACACCAGAUGGUGGCGAUAAUGAGCCAAUUAUUGCCACACGAAGAAAAGAACAACAUGGCGGCGAUGGCGUUUUGACUAAAACACAGCAACAAGCUUUAAAAAGAGGUGAAAUACGAGAUAAACAUCACCUGUUACAGUAUUGUUAUUCUGACCAAGGAAGAGAUCCAAUCAUGACCGAGCAAACCAGUGCCAGUUCGGAGGGGAUCGUGGGUCUAGAUGAGCCCAAGAAAAUGACCAGAGAGGACUGGAGGAAGAAGAAGGAGUUGGAGGAGCAGAGGAAGCUGGGAAAUGCACCAGCUGAGGUGGACGAAGAGGGAAAGGACAUAAACCCUCACAUCCCUCAGUACAUUUCAUCAGUGCCAUGGUACAUUGACCCGUCCAAGAGACCCACUCUAAAGCAUCAGCGACCACAGGAUGAAAAUCAGAAGCAGUUCUCAACCAUUGGAGAGUGGUAUAAAAGAGGAGUGCAGGAGAAUGCUAUUACCACUAAAUACCGCAAAGGCGCUUGCGAAAACUGUGGAGCUAUGACACACAAGAAGAAAGACUGUAUGGAGCGGCCCAGAAAGGUUGGAGCCAAGUACACAGGAACCGGGAUAGCUCCAGAUGAACACUCUCAGGUCCAGCUCGACAUGGACUACGAUGGAAAGCGGGAUCGCUGGAAUGGGUAUGACCCAGAGGAGCAUCAGCGCAUUGUGGAGGAGUAUGCUAAAGUAGAUUUGGCAAAGCGGACGUUGAAAGCUCAAAAACUUCAGGAUGAGUUGGCUUCUGGAAAAUUAGACCAAACCGAGCGGGAAUAUGACAGCGAAGACGAGGAUGAGGACAAAUAUGCAGACGACAUCGACAUGCCUGGUCAGAACUUUGACUCAAAGAGACGCAUCACAGUGAGGAACCUGCGCAUCCGAGAGGACACGGCUAAAUACUUGAGAAAUCUGGACCCAAAUUCAGCAUAUUACGAUCCAAAGACUCGAGCUAUGAGAGAGAAUCCGUACUCCAACACUGGCAUGAAUCCUGAUGAGGUGGGCUAUGCUGGAGACAACUUUGCGCGCUACUCUGGAGACACAAUCUCCAUGGCUCAAACACAGCUGUUUGCUUGGGAGGCAUACGAAAGAGGCUCCGAGGUGCAUCUUCAGGCUGACCCCACCAAGCUCGAGCUGCUCCAUCGCUCCUUCAAGGUCAAAAAGGAGGACUUUAAAGAGGAACAGAGAGAGGGCAUCCUGGAGAAGUAUGGAGGUCAGGAGCACUUGGACGCACCGCCGCGGGAGCUGCUCUUGGCGCAGACUGAGGACUACGUGGAGUACUCUCGCCACGGUGCUGUGCUGAAGGGACUAGAGAAGGCCGUCGCCCGCUCCAAAUACGAGGAGGACGUCCUCAUCAACAACCACACCUGUAUAUGGGGCUCCUACUGGAAGGAGGGCUGCUGGGGAUACAAGUGUUGCCACUCACUGGUCAAACAGAGUUAUUGCACGGGACAAACAGGAAUUCAAACGCAAGGUACUUCUGACUGUGUUCCAUUUGAAGAUGGAAUGCAGGAGCCCCAAGAAGAAGAGCCAAAGUCUUUACUGGAAAUUCAUCAAGAGAAGUUGAAGAAGAAAAAGAAGAAUAAAAAGAACAAGAAGCACAGCUCAGACAGCAGCGACUCAGAGGAUGAAGAAAAGAAGAAGGAGAAGCUGAAGAAGGCCCUGGAAGCAGAGGACAAGCGAGUGAAGCACAUUGACGUGUUGAUGCAGAUGGAUGAGAGGAAGAGGCCCUACUACAGCCUGCAGGAAGUAAAGGCGCCGACUGAGGAGGAGAUGGAGGCGUUCCGCAUGAAACGCAGCCGGCCAGAUGACCCCAUGGCUUCCUUCCUUGGACAGUGACCUUAUUCUAAUCCCUGUUGAUUAUUCCAACUGUUCUGCAAAGACUUCAGCACAGUUGAAUCCUAAAUGCUUAAGAAGCCCUGUACAGUAUUUGACAGCUUUUAUCCUUAUACUUACAAACAUCAAUUUUAUUUUUUGCCUGAUGGUUGAUAUUUGUUUUCAAGCCCUCUUGGAUUUUUUUCUCUCACUUCCCAAUUGAUUCACUUUUCUGGACUUUACAACAAAUUAGCUAAUUUCGUUCACAACAGUAAUCUCUGCAUUUCACUAUAAAAAGUUUUUUUUUUUCUGAAUCUGUGUUGUCUGGAAACAUUGCAUUCUGCUUAUGUUCAACUUCUAAAAAAAUAAUCUAAAAGAUCAAAUCUUGAUUAUAAAAAAAAAUUAAACAAACUGGAUUAUGUGGAUUUGGCUAUUGCACUUUCAUUUUGAUUUUGAUGGUUUUAGAAAAAGCAGUUUGUCUAAGUUAUCUAGAGGUGCAUCGCAACAUGCACAGUAUGACAAUAUCAAUGCAUCGCAUGUGUACCGAAAUGUCAGAUCAUCUCUUACGUGGUUUUGUUACAACAAUUUUGUAAGUUAAAGUAAUAUAACUAACGUUUAACAGUUAAAAAUGUAAUAAAAUAUUGUCUUUAGAAGCGUCGGAAAUAAUCAAAAUCUAACUUCAAAUGUUUAAAAAUGCUUAACAGCUUCCACGUUGUCUUUAUUAAACUAAAAUUAAGCCCAAAUAAAAAUAAAGUGCACUCCAUGGUUCA